ACAGUAUAUUGAAUGGUAGACACAUGUUACCGACGGCUUCACAUUUAUUUGGCUGACCCGUAAUUCAGCUCCUUCCUCUGCCCAAUCUCUCUCACACUCAAUUCGCUCCCAACGCCCGGAUGCCAAAAUUUACUGUGCAUGCCUCAGCGGAAAUAUAUUCCAACUCCAUGUUGAAAUUUGUCCUCCACUCAUCACUGCCUUUGUACGCACUCAUAAAUCAAGAAAAUGAGAGAAAGGGAAGAAUAGCAAGUUGACAACCCAAUCCUUUCUCUACUGUGGUUCUCUUGUUACAACGUCAAAGUAGCGACACCCCACCACCGGUUUUAACCAUCUUCAGCCCCGGAAGGGAAGGGGAAAAAAAAGGGAUGUGGGAUAUGGAGAUAGGUGGUGGGUUGAUGAACAUCGCUGGUCAUGCUAUUCCAAUCAAGGAAUUGCACUGGCUUUUCUCGGUUUUAGCGGGUAUUUUGAUGUGCAAAAUUGUGUACGAAUUAACAGGUGUAGUUAGCGUUUCUUUCGUGAAGGAGUACAGCAAACUUAACAGUAUACAGAAACUAGAAUGGAACAACAGGGGAUUCUCCACUUUCCAUGCCAUUGUCGCGGCAGCCGGUUCUCUAUAUCUCUUGCUUUUUUCAGGUCUUUUUGUUGAUGAUGCCCAAGAUGAGUUGAUGAUCAAUAGAACAUCAACUUUGUCAGACACCAUAUUGGGGGUUUCCAUUGGGUACUUUUUAACAGACUUGGCAAUGAUAUUCUAUCACUACCCUGCCUUAGGUGGUAUGGAGUAUGUCGUACAUCAUGGACUCUCCAUGUUUUCAAUCAUUCAAUCCCUUUUGUGCAGUCAAGCACAAAUUUAUAUACUAAUGGUUCUGUUUACGGAAAGCACGACUCCUUUUGUUAACCUAAGAUGGUACCUCGACGUUGCUGGCCUCAAGAAUUCUAAACUUUACAUCUACAAUGGCGUGGCGUUGUUCUUCGGGUGGUUGGCUGCAAGAGUUAUUAUAUUUCUGUUCUUUUUCUACCACAUGUUCAUCCAUUUUGAUCAGGUCAAGAAAGUAGUCCCGAUGGGCUUUUACAGCUUGCUUACGAUACCUCCAACGAUGGCAAUGAUGAACGUGUUCUGGUUCUGGAAAAUCGCCAGAGGUGUGCUGAAAACCUUGAGCAAGGCUAAGCACAAGCAGUAGUAUUAGUAUUUCGUUAUAGUUCUUUAGCAUGUGAAUGUCAUUUACCCAUGGUCUGGAGCUUAGAAACUUUACGCGUAGAUCUACUUCAGAACAACCGUAGUUUAUUUAACUUUUCGCCCUUCUAAUUGUCGACUGGAUUCUAGUCGACCCCCGUGUUGUUCGAUUUCAUUGAAAUUAACUACCCGUUACUCAGAAAAAUU